AGGGUUACUCAUAUGGAUCCGGAGCUAUUACGGCAACGCGCUGCGUUCCAGAAGCAUGCAGCUCGAACCGUUUCCGUUCAGCAACGACCACAAAUACAGCUGCCUUCACCGUCAGCUAGCCAUACAACUUACAAUGCUGAAGCAGCUAAGAAGAAAAAGAAGGCUACUAGCCAGCCGACAGCCAAACCAGAAAUGGACUUUCGAACAGCGGUGUCACACAGUAAUGCUGCAAAUUUUGGUACAAUGGCCAAGAUUGUCGAUUAUAUGAAGAAACGACAUCUUGGUCAACAACAAUGGCCGCUUUCCUUGCAAGAAAUAUUGGAUGAGUUACAAGUUUAUGACUUGCCGAAAAGGUCGGAAGCAUGGUUGAGAGAGGCUCUUCCGAAGAAUCCGAGAUUAAGCUGUGAUGAAGAGGGAAAAUUCUCGUAUAAGCCUCCUUACAAAAUCAAAGGCAAAACAUCUUUGGUGGCGGUCGCUAAAAAACACCACCAAGAUGUCAAAGGAGGGAUUUUGUUAUCAGAGUUGAACGAAUGCAUUCCGAAUGGAGAGAAAGUUUUGGAGGCUCUUGCCGACCAAAUCAUCGUCGUUCCAACGCAAGUGAACAAGCGAAAAGACAAAGUAUUCUUCUACAAUGACCAGGAGCUGGAUAUACAGAUCGAAGAUGAAUUCAAACAAAUCUAUCGCAAAGUUUCUGUCGAUCAUUUGGACGAAAAGAAAAUCGAGGAGUACUUACAAAAACAUGGAAUUGACGCGAUGAAGGAUCUUGCACCCAAAAGGAUUGGUAUGGGCCAACUUAAACGAAAAACACCAAAACGUCGUCAAAAUCAUAAAGUACAAAAUCAACAUCUGGAAGGUGUUCUGGAAGAUUACGAGUAAUAUCUGUUGUUUUUCACUUCAUAUAAAGCUUGAUAAGUGGUCAUCAGAAUCUUCAAGAUCUCCAAAAUCUAUAGCCUUUCUAAAGUUCUCUUUAUUAUUUUCUACCUUACUGAUUUUCAAUAUAUGUAUGUACAUAAUCUUCUGGUUUUAUUGAUUUUAUUGAUCUUUGUCCUUGUUAUAAGGCAGCAUGUAUUUGUGAUACGUUCACAGGAAAUGAAUAUGGGUAUAGU